GUCCACCUCAGGUGUCCACAAUACAUACAAGAAUGACUUCUUCCCUAGAUAUUCUCCGACCCUCACCCUCUCCGCCAGAUGCCACAAGUUCCUCCCGGUCUGCGACGAAAGACCUCGAGACCCGCUCGCUCAAGUUCGCAGAAAUCAUGGGCACCCGAAACUACGCAGACCCCGUCUUCCAGCAGCUCGUGACUCCCGACUUCAAAUGUCAAAUUGAGCUUCCCGAUGGAAGCAUAGGCAUGGUCCAGAGCCGCGAGGCCUUCGUCAGCCACUUUCGCAAAAACACCCGGACGCGAUUGCUCGACGUGUCGAACGUCACCAUCGACCUCGACGAAGACGCGGGUCUUGCAAAAGUCAUGCUGCUUCUACGUCUCGGAGAUACGCCGCGACCCGUUCCUCAAGAAGCCGUAUCGAUCCUGUGGUGGAAAUUGGACCGGGGCUCGUGGCGAUGCUAUCAACAAACCGGCAUGAGAGGCAGUCUGUCCAUCCAUGGUAUAUGAGACGACCUCCUCUCGUGUCGGCGUCCCUGAGAAAAAGACAUUUUCUCUGUCGAGAGAGAGAGACGAAAUCCUGCCGCAUGGACAUGCAACAAAGUGCUGUAACAACACCCGCCGCAGCUUACCCGCUUUGCCCGAUACGAUACGGUACUACCUCUAUACCUUCCAUCCACCACCCGACCGACCGACCAACCAACCAACAACGGCCUCGAGAUGUCCAAAAGAGAAUCCGCCAGAUCAGACAUCGUCAUCAUCAUCCACAUAGCCAUCACACAGAAAACCACUGCAAGAUCCACCAGUUGCAUCAGGACCUACCUGACUUUCCUCGUCCGACACGAGACCUACCUGACCUUACCUGACCUUACCUUACCUCACCUCACCUUACCUUUUUUUUGGAUCCAACCCAAAAAAGAAAACUUCCUCACUGAUCCAUCCAUCCAUCCAUCCAUCCAUCCGAGAGGACCGGUCCCUCACGAUAUCCAAGUCAAGUGAAAAUCCUACUCUCCAAAAGCUCUAGUUACUACCUUACCUUAGGUAACUAGCUAGUCCGACCAAACACCAAACACGACGACAAUACAUUGAUUGCAUACCUUACCCCUCAAUGCAAGUUCUGCAGUGUCAGCAACCUUAGCACAAGGCACCAGUUCGGACGGGAUGGAUGGAUGAAUGACUGAAUGAACGGAAGGAGAGCUCAAAGUGGUGGUCGUGGCGGCAGCCGGUCGGAUUUACAGCUUGCACUGCACUGCACUGCACUGCACUGAGGAAAGGUGGAAGGUACAGGUACAUACCAUACUAUACCAUAACGACAACAACGAGACUGCCCAGAGUUGGGAUGGUCCCAAGUUCAGAUGGAGGGCGGGUGAACUGGAAGGUGGUAUCACGAGGGGCAUAUAUGGAAGAGAACGCAAAAGGGUGAAAGAAAGAUUCUGGUGAAGUAGAAAACAAAAGAGCAUUCGAGAGAGUGAAACACUUGAAUUUGAGAGGAAGAAGCUUUCAUUCAUCGCCCGCUCGGUUCCCAAUUGCUCGUGGGAAGAGGGGAAUGUGAUCUACAACCUUAUAUACAACACAAGGGAACAAAGUACAGUAUGAGUAGUUAGUAAGAAUCGUCUCAGCGAAUGAGUGUGUCGCUUCCAGCCAUGUUGUUAUGCUUGCUCGCCCUCCCGAGCUCCAUCCGGCAGUCUCCC